AUGGCAUCCAGUAGCGAGAACAAUGAUCAAAACAACGACGUUGCUGCUUACUCGUUGAUGAAGGAGGAAAUAACCGCCAUCAGCAACCAGCUCCUAUCCGCUGUAACCCUAACACCACCGCCACAUUCACUUCACAUGCCGUCUCUUUCGGAGGACCUCGUUAUAGAAAUCCUCUGCAGGCUACCGGUGAAGCUUCUCCUUCAACUUCGAUGCGUCUGCAAAUCGUGGAAUCAUCUAAUCUCACAUCCCAAAUUUGCCAAGAAGCAUCUCUCGACCUCGCGCCGCCGCCUUCACUUGGUAACCCACACCAAUAUCCCAGGCAAGUAUGUUAUUGAUUCUUACCCACUUGACUCCGUUUUCACAGGCAUAACCACCAACAUCACCAGUUUUGUUGAGUACUAUGAAAACGACCGUUUUACCAAAUACGACUACAUAGUUGGCUCUUAUGAUGGCAUUGUUUGUUUGGUUGAGUAUUUUGAAAAUGCUGUUUUAUUAUGGAAUCCUUCAAUUAGAAAAUUCAAGCAGUCGCCUUCUUGGAAAAUGCCACCAAUGGAUAGUAGGUUGAGGUAUGGUUUCGGCUAUGAUCAUGUCAGUGAUGCUUAUAAGGUGGUUGUUGCUAUCGGUUACACUGCGAAUUACAAUGGAACCGAUGUUGACAAAACUGAAUUGAAGGUUUAUACUCUCGUACCGAUGUUUGGAAAACCGUUCAGGAGGAGUUUCCUUUUGGUGUUAAACUUCAUACCAAAGAAGCUCCGGAGGAGCAUCCAGGAAUAUUUGUGA